UGAAGGGAUAUUUAACGUGACUGCAUAUCCUGGAUGGUUGUUCUAAGUUUCAGUGUACUGUAUGAAGAGCAAACAUGAGUCUGUAUGCUCGGAGGGUGACUUUGCCUGCAAUCACCCCACUGGUUCUGCAGAAAAGGGUGAUUAAAGUUUAUGGUGAAGAUGGCACCAGCAGAGCAUUAGAAGUUCCAAAUGAUAUGACAGCUCAUGAUGUUUGUCAGUUACUUAUAAUGAAGAACCAUUAUAUUGAUGACCAUAACUGGACAAUGUUUGAGUGCUUGUCUCACUUAAGUCUAGAAAGAAUCAUAGAGGACCAUGAAUUAAUGAUUGAUAUUCAAUCAAACUGGGACAUGGAAGAAGACUGCAGAUUUUGUUUUCGGAAAUAUUUUGCAAAAUAUCAGUUUUUCAAAAAGCCAGAGACCUUUUUUCCGGAUUCAGUGGUGUCGUGUUCAAAUGAAGUUCAUGAUGCAACAGCUUAUAAAGAUAUGCUAAAGGUGUUCCUAAGCACAAAUGCCUGUCCUGAAGUUCACAGCUACUUAUACAUGACUGAAAAAGGAAAAAAGUCAUGGAGAAAAGUGUUUUUUGUUUUGCGACGCUCUGGGUUGUAUUUUUCUACAAAAGGCACAUCAAAGGAUCCGAGACAUCUACAGUUUUUCACAGAUUUUCACCAAAGUGAAGUAUAUAUGUUACUCUCAGGGAAAAGGCUCUAUGGAGCACAAACAGACUAUGGAUUUUGCCUUAAGCCUAACAAGACAGGAGGUUCCAAGGAGCUGAAAUUGUUUUGUGCAGACAAUGAAGAGAGUAAAAUCUGCUGGGUGACAGCAAUUAGAUUGUUCAAGCAUGGAAUGCAGAUUUACCAAAAUUACCUCAAACCUCAACAACAGAGCGAUUCAAGCAGAACGUGUUUCUCAUCUACAAGAAGCAUAUCAGAGAAUUCGCUGGUGGCAAUGGAUUUCUCAGGACAUAAAAGCAGAGUUAUUAAUAACCCAACAGAAGCCCUUUCCAUAGCCCUUCAAGAAGGAUUGUUAUGGCGGAGGAAAAGCAGUGGGCGAAUCAGUUGUCAUUGGACUCCUACCUCAUCUCAGAAUUCCUCAAAGAAUAUAGCUCUACAUAUAUCACAGCCUUGGUUCCAUCAUCAACUGUCUAGAGAAGAAGCUCAGAAACUGAUUUUUCAACAAGGGCUUGUAGAUGGAGUAUUUGUUUUACGAGAUAGUCAAAGUACCCACAAGGCAUUUGUCUUGUCCAUGUGCCAUGGGCAAAAAGUAAAACACUUCCAAAUUGUUCCUGUAGAAGAAGACGGAGAUCAGUUCUUCACAUUAGAUAAUGGCCAGACAAAAUUUACAGAUCUUGUUCAGCUUGUGGAGUUUUACAAACUCAACAGAGGGACACUGCCUUGCAAACUUAAGCACUACUGUACAAAAAUGACAGUCUGAAUGUAUUUCAUUGUGUAUGAUGUAAAGAUUAUGUAGCAAGUAAAUCACAUAACUCCUCUACUUUCUUACAGAUGCCAUUUUUAAGGUUAUUAUUGAGCAAUACUUGUAGAACUGGACUAAACACACUUGUGUGGGGUAUUAUAAGCCUUGUCUUUGUUAUUAAAUGAGUACAUGUAAAGUAUUUUGAAAUAGUUUCUUUUUAUUUAUUUUUUAGAUGCACCACAUCCAGGGGUCUAGUAUAGAUUUAGACAAAAUCCCAAAAUGCUCAGUAAUCUUCCUAUGUUAAAUAACAGCAGGAAGACUGAUGUAGCACUUGUAGGCAGGAUUAUCAGAUGGAAAUGUUGGAACUAUGUUGGAGAGAGGGGAAAUGCAAUGUGAAUGGUUAUGCAAGACUUACAUUUGUCACUGACUAGGGAUGAGAAAUUUGCUUUAUUUGUGCAAAUCCAUGCUAGAUUUUAAACAUUUUGUGCAUUUUGUUUCACUGGAAGAAAAAAACAUUAUUUAUUAUGGGAAAAAACAAUGGCAUUAUUAUAGUUACUAUAUGCUUUUUGUUUCCCCUGGAAAAAAAUAUGCAUUUUUUUGUGCAGGGAAAAAAAGCUUUCCAGGGCCUGCGGCAUCAUUGAAAUAUGAAAUAAUUCUCCAAUGAGAAUAAUGUAAUUCUAGCUCCAUGUUCUUUUUUCUUGCAUUUUGAAUGGGAAACAUUAAGCACAGUUAACAAGCACUGACCAAGUCUUCUUCCCCAUGUUUAAUUCCAGAGUAAUAUAAUGAAAUACAAAAUGGCACAAUCAUCUCUGUAUGUAUAACAUAGUGUUGGGAAUCAGAAUUUGAUUCCCAACUGGUUGAUUCUCUUACAUCUGUAAUUGAGUUUAUGGUUACUAGAAUUCUCAUAGGUCAAUUUGUUUCCAUGUGUAAUUAUGUUUUUCCUCAACUAGAGAGCCAGUGGGACACCUUUUUGAUGGGUUUAGUGUCUCUUUAAGGGGCUGGAUUUUCAUAAAUCAAUAGUCGGGUAUGGUUGGGAGAUCAAUUUAAGAAAUUGCUAGUGAAUCUUUUGACUUGGUCACAAUUUCAUGCAUCAAUACCUUUUUUUAACCAUUGUGCAACAGUUGUGUGUUUAAGAAAAAAAAAGGCUCACCAGGUUUUUAGGUGGUGAGUAUUUAUAGAAAACACUAUUGUGGGGGGAAAAUCAGCAUUAGUCCCAUAGUGUAGAUGGCAUGGAGAAAGGUCAGUGACACACUGGACAAUUUCAGCCAUUGUCUUAAUAUUCCCCUAAAUUGACAAUGACAAUUAAAUUCCCACUGCUGCAUUUUAAGGCAAGGAUUAAAUGACAUGAGUCUUAGAAACAAUUUCCAAGCAAACAUUGAAGACAACAAUAGAGAGCAAUUUCUGGAACUUAUGAAUCUACGCCUCUGGGAUGUUAAAAACAGGCAAAAUGCCCAAAAUUUUGCAGUGGAAAAAAAACUACACAAACACUGGGCUUUUAGCAAUAUAUGGGAGACAUUACAUGCCUGUGGAAGAAUAUAGAAAAUGUCUUAGAUGUUUAUCUCUAUCCGUAAACCAGUUACCUCCCAUCCCAGAUACGUUCUGUUUCAGUAAUUACUGUAUGUGUCAGGAAUCUAUAUAAUCAUGGCACACAUUGGAUGCACUGUAACAAUUUUAAAAAAUGAAGAAAAAUGAAUGACUAUAUUGUAUAAUUGAACUCGCUCACUCUUUAUGAAUUUUUUUCAUGUUUUUUCAUCACAAAUAUCAAAUUUGACAGAGAAAUAUCAAUUGUUGUGACUAUAUAAAAUUAAAUGACCUAGUAAUUAAGAAAGAUAAGCACUUCACAGAACAUAUUUUCUCUGGUGUUUAACUCAGCUAAAUAUUUCUAUUGUUGGACAUGUGGGGUGUUGGCUCAGUUUUGGUAUUCUGUAACCUAAAUAUGAUUUUAAAGAAAUAAGGGGGAAUGUAAUUAAAGUAGCAAGCCUUGUUUAAAAUAGUUAUUUUUGCGAAUGUUUAGCACUACUCUCAAUGUGAAUUCAUUUGCUGGCAGAUAUUACAUUGCUCAUUAUCGCUAAGCAAAAGUUAGC